GCAGUAGGACAGGCGUGUGCUCGAAGAGUAAACGUGAGGACUUGCUGCAGCUACAAGUAGGAAUUAAUGCUGCUAUUAAUUUCGCGGAUUUAUUGUUUCCAGUAAGAAGCACAAAGCGGGGUUCGGAGUGAAGCCGGACGGACAGGAAGCAGCCAUGGGGAAGAAACGGCUCCACAGCAGAGAGUCACCUGCACAGCAGUCGGCUGACUACGUGGUGGGUCAGGUGUCGGGAAGUUUGUUCCAGAACAGUUCUACAGCUGGAUCCCUGUCGGCUUUGUUCAGCAGCGCACCGCCGGCUGCACCUGUCCUGUUUCAGCCUGCACCCACGCCUGUUAAGAAGAGCACAGAAACAAAGGGGCAGCAGGAGGCAAGUCCAGAAGUCAAAGAUCAGCCCGGCCAGAAGAAGAAGCCACCCAGGGAGAAAUCAGCAGCCGACCAGGAGCUCGAGAAAAGGGAGAGCAGUUUGCAGCAGGCAGAUGAGGACGAGCAAGGACACAAGACGUCUGUGAAGAAGAAGAAGAGGAAGGCGUCGGAGUCGGCCGGAGAGAACGAUGCAGAGCACUGGGUGAUGAAGAGGCAGAAGCUGAAGGCCAACAAAGCAGAGGAGGCCUUAAAGAAGACAAGGACGGUGUUUGUAGGCAACCUGCCCAUCAGCUGCACAAAAAAGACGCUGCGGAGUCUCUUCAAGGACAAAGGAACUAUUGAGUCUAUCCGGUUUCGCUCUAUGGUCAGAGAGGAUCCGUCCAUGUCUCGCAAAGUGGCGGCCAUCAAACGCAAAGCUCAUCCCAAGAUGCAGAGCAUGAACGCCUACGUGGUGUUUAAGGACGAGGACGGAGUUGCCAAAGCUUUGGAGAGGAACGGCAUGGAGAUCGAGAAGGACUUUCACAUCCGAGUGGACAGAGUCACUGACGGCUCAUCGCAUGACCACAAGCGCUCUGUUUUUGUGGGGAAUCUGUCUUUCGAGAUGAGCGAACCAGCGUUUCGAAGGCAUUUCGAGAAGUGCGGCACAGUCGAGGCGGUACGACUGAUACGAGACCCGAACUCUGGACUGGGGAAAGGAUUUGGCUACAUCCUGUUUGAGAGUGCUGACUCGGUGCAGCUCGCUUUGGAACUGGACGGCUCGAAGCUGGAAGGCAGGUCCGUCCGGGUGAAGAGGUCGAUGAAGAAGGAGAAGCAGAAGCCCAAAACUGACGGCAAAGGAGCAACGGGGAAGCCUGGGAAGAGCCCUGCGAAGGGCUCGGGACGGGAGAAGGGAGCCGGUCGAGGGGGUUUCAAGUCCCCGAAGACGUUCAGAGGAAAGCCGCUGACCAAAAGCGCCGCCUCCUUCAGGGGAGAGAUGGCAGAUCCAAACAAAAAGACAAAAAAGAAAGGACUGAAGAGGAAAGUCAAGCCCAACAGGUCUGUUCACAUCUGAUCCAGAGGAGAACGGGAGUAAGUGUGCGAGGAGUCUGUCUGAAUGUUCCAACUGUCAGGAGGAAGAGGAUCAGAAGAUUAUCUGGAAAACCAGCAGCAGGAGGUUGUUGGUUUAACUCAGGACAGUUACUCACAAAGCUGCUGUCGGGACAAUGAAGCUAACAGUGUGUGCAUUCAGUCACAGCGAGUCUGUAAAACCAUCGUGUCCAAGUUUGGUUGAAACUCUGUACAAAAUACAACAUAAAGUAAAAAACUAACCAAGACUUCUUUCACCCAGUCCAACAACAUGGCUUCUGAUUGGUCACCCUGCUGUUGUGUUGGCUGGAGUCGUCUCGUGUUUCUGUUGUUUGUUAAAAUCACUUUACUUUGGUGUGAGAAUAACACAUUUCUUUAUCUAGA